AAUUACUUGACUUUCGUAUUCGAUGGCAUAACAUUUAUGAAUGUUGAGAAAACGAUAGUACAUGUGGACGUGUUAACCUUACUCGAUAUUUGUCAAAUUCUUUUGUGAGCGCAGAAAGAAUUUUAAUUUUAUAAAAAGUCAAGAUAUAUAUAUAAAGGGUAUCAUAGUAAUGGAAUUUAUGUCAUAUUUAUUGUGCAUAUAUGUCUAAAUGGAUAUUGAAUACAUUAGUCAAGCAAUGCUUUCGGACUCCAUAUCAGUUUCAUAACACCACAAUGACUUCUUUGCUGGUUCCUCCGGAAUCAGUACGAGGAAUGACAUGUUUGGAUCGUACAGCAUUCACAACUACUAUAAAAUUACCAUUUUUAAAGUUUCACCAUGUUAAAAUUUCAAAAAUAACACCAAUAUUGAAAAAAUAUUUGUUUAAAAUAAGAAACUUCAAACCAAUUCAAAAAGAAAAUAACGAAGUUAUUGCUUAUUUGAAUCCGCUAUUGAUAAAAAAUUUUGAAGACUUCUCAGAAAAUGACAGACAGCAGCUAUCAGGAUUAUAUGAAUAUUUUGGAAUAAUGGAUUUCAGUUUGAAGUAUGAUAAUUGGUUAGUUAACGAUAUAUUGAAAGCUAUUUUGCCCAAAGGGAUUGAAGUUCCAACUUCGUACAGUUUAGUAGGUCAUAUUGUGCAUUUAAAUUUGCGUGAUAUGCAUUUACCAUACAAGACUAUUAUUGGACAGGUUUUUCUCGAUAUAAUUUCAAAUGCUCGAACAGUUGUGAAUAAGACAAAUACUAUUGAUACAACAUUUAGACAAUUUACUAUGGAAAUCCUUGCAGGCGAUAAGAAUACUGUUACAGUGGCAAAAGAAAAUGGUUGUACGUAUGAGUUUGACUUUUCUCAAGUUUACUGGAAUCCUCGAUUAGGUACAGAACAUUUAAAUUUGAUAAAACUUAUGGAACAUAAUGAUAUUUUGUAUGAUGUAUUUGCUGGAGUUGGGCCAUUUGCUAUUCCUGCUGCGCGUAAGGGAAUGAAAGUAUUUGCAAAUGAUUUAAAUCCUGCAUCUUAUAAAUGGCUUCAGAAAAAUGCUGUCGCUAAUAAAGUUAAAAGUAAUUUGAAAUUUUUUAACAUGGAUGGCAGAGAGUUUAUAAAAAGCAUUAUUAAAGAUGAUAUUUUAAAUAGACGAAUUAAUAAUAAAGAUGGUUCUGAACAUAUAGUAAUGAAUUUACCAAAUUCUGCCGUUGAAUUUUUGGAUGUGUUUCUUGAAUGUUUUAACGAAGAUGAAGUAAAAACAGUGUGUUGUCAACCACCAAUUGUACAUCUAUACUGCUUUGUAAAAACGAACAAAAAAGAAGAUGCUUGUAGACAUGGACAAUUGUUAGUGGAAGAAAACCUAGGUCGUGCAUUGAAUAAUUCUUUGAUUAAUUUACACAAUGUUAGAACUGUUUCUCCAUCUAAAGAAAUGAUUCGUGUGUCGUUUCUAUUAACAGAGGAUAUUUUAAAAGGCGAGGAGCCAGCAACGAAGAAAUUGAAAGUGGAAAUCAAUAAAAAUAUUUCUGUACGCGAUAACAUUGCAGAAAAUAAUGAGGAGGAACAGGGGAUCGCAAAAAAACCAGAAGAACAAGAAUGUAUUCAAAGUAGCAACAGUUCGUAGUGUUAAGUUAAAGGCAAAAGCACAAAAAGUGGUGAGCAAUUUGAAAAAAUUGGAUCUAAAAACGAUCAAAGACUGCAAGGAUGAAAUAUCAGCUAAAAACAAUAAUAAAACAAAAUCAGCUCAACUAGAUCGGCAGCUUCAAGAAAUACAAAAAGCAAUACAUUGGUCUAAAUUGAAGACAAAAGUU